AUGGAUUUCAAUAACCCUAAUGCGUAUGGCGGCCAGUUCGCCAAUUCGCCGCAACACGCCCAGUUCGAUGCACAGGCGCGGCUUCAGCAAUCAGCCAACCCACAUGGGCAAUAUGGGCAGACCCCAUCCUUUGCCGGCAUGGGAGGCGCCAUGGCGAGUAAUGGAAUUCAACCUGGAGCCGCAUAUCUCCAGCAGCGAGCCGCCAUGCAGCAGCAGCAGCAGCAGCAGCAGCAGCAACAACAACAACAACAACAACAGCAACACCAACUGUCGUCGCCAAGCCCCUACUCCAAUGCGCCCUAUGCGCAGACGAUGCCCUCACCUGCCCACCACCAAUUCGCCCAGAACCGCCAGACAGCCUCACCCGCAAGCACCUCUGGACAGGCGCCCUAUGCGACGCCGCAGCCACAGCAGUCGCCGAGUAGCUUGCAGACCAACGGCCAUCAGCAGCCCAUGAAUCUACAGCUGCCCGUCAAGGCGGAGCCUCCCCAGGUCCAGACGCCCGUCAAGCAGGUGCCCCCUUCGCCUGUGUCGCCGGUGAACCAGGCGCGCAGUGCAGACCGCGUCGCGACACUGCUCGACAUCAACAGUAUCCUCAUAAAGGAGGUCUGCGAGCUCCAGGUGCAGGGCAAGGCAGGCCAAGUAGGACCCACACCAGAAGGCAAGCCCGAAGGCGACAAACCCCAGCCAUCCAAGGAGUACGUAGACUACAUGCGCCGCCUCCAAGCAAACCUCGCCUACCUUGCGCAGAACGCCGAGAAGGUCCCCAAGCCCGGCCAGCAGUUACAACCUGGGCCUGCGAUAAUGACCAUUCCUGCCGCACCCACCGAGCUCGCGAAGCUGUAUACCAAGCUGCAGGAGCUAUUUCCAGGAUGGAAGGGUCAGACUCCCCAGAUGAAGCAAUCGCCGGGGCCGCAACGCAUCAACUCGAACACCUCACAACCACCGAAUAGCGCGGGGCUGCAGCAGAGUUGGGGGCAGAAUGCUAUGCAACAGGGCAUGCAGCAGUCCCAACAGCAGCAACGGCAACAACAACAACAACAACAACAACCUAAGCAGGAAAAACAAUAG